AAUGUAUAAACAUCCAACUUGUUUCUAAAACGAAAAACUAAUGGAUCACUGCAAACAACAGCCGCUAAGAGAAAAUAAAUGGCUAGCAAACAACCAUUGCAAAGAUUUGAGUUAUAUUUGGGUCGAUCACUGACCUCCGGAGCUUCCGCCAGCCAUUGUUCGAAGAGUGGUUGGUAGAGAAAUUUGAAUCAGAAAAGCGUGAACUAUCUAAAAGAAAAUUAGUUUUGCAGGCGUAGAAUUCCACGCGGCGAAUACCGUAGCGAAACAGAAUAGAGGGCUAUAUAUAGGGGUAUAGGGCUCUUGUUGAUUGGUCAACAAGUUGCGUUUUUCAUGGCCCUCUGCCCUCAUCCCAUCGCAUUUAUAAUGCAAUAUCUUAAAGACUUACUCUGGUCAAAGAUUUCAAAAGUAACUUCAUACUAAAACACAAAAUUCACAUAAACUUUGGUGUUUGGUUUGACAAAAUUCUCCGUACCAAAAAACUAUCCUGAUAAACAAUAAACGGACCAUCGUUUGCGCCCGUAGCGAAACGAGCCAUUUGUUUCAAAAUCUUUUACUGGCUCCUAAAUCUCUUCUGCAGUCAACCUUCCUUCCAAUGUCGUUACCGGCUACGUCGGCGUUGCGUUCCGUUCCGUCCCAUUUCCGAACCUUCCCCCUUCUCAACUCCAAUUCAUCAAAGCUUAACUCUCUCAUCUUAAUGUCACUCCCAGAAAAGCGCUCUUCAUUCUCCCGCAAUCUCAAUCUCACCCGUAGUAUCACCAAAGCUCCACGCAACUACGCCUCCGUCACCCGCCCUAAUCUCACAGUUCGCGCCUCAAGCGAAACGCCGAGCCCCGGAUCGGAUGCUAAGCUAAUCACGAUUAUCUCCGCUGUGACUAUUACAUUGGCCGUUGCUAAUCGCGUUCUCUACAAGCUCGCACUCGUUCCCAUGAAAAAAUAUCCUUUCUUUUUAGCUCAAUUUACCACUUUCGGGUACGUGGUGAUUUAUUUUUCGAUUCUGUUUAUACGAUACCGAGCGGGUAUUGUGACUAAUGAAAUGUUAGGGUUGCCUAAAUCGCGAUUCGCUGCCAUUGGUAUUCUAGAAGCGCUUGGGGUCGCCAGUGGAAUGGCCUCCGCAGCGAUGCUUCCAGGGCCGGCCAUUCCGAUAUUGAAUCAGACCUUUUUAGUAUGGCAGCUCGCGUUUUCAACUGUUCUAUUAGGGAGGAGGUACUCAGUUAACCAACUUGCCGGCUGCUUGCUUGUAGCAGUAGGAGUAGUGGUGGCUGUUGCAAGUGGUUCUGAUACUGGCCAGAUGCUAUCUGAAAUUGAGCUUAUGUGGCCAGGAGUGAUGAUAGCAUCUGCAGCUUUUCAAGCUGGAGCAUCUAUUAUUAAGGAAUUCAUUUUUAUUGAUGCUGCAAAGAGACUCGACGGGAAGUCACUUGAUAUAUUUGUUGUCAAUUCUUUUGGAUCUGGAUUUCAGGCUCUCUUCGUGCUUCUUUUGCUGCCUGUUCUGUCAAAUUUGAAAGGCAUACCAUUUUCAGAGCUUCCUUCAUAUCUAAAAUGUGGUGCAGCAUGCUUUCUAAAAAUUGGAGCUGAUACAUCAGGUUGUGAGGGGGCUCCAUUACUUCCACUACUUUACAUAGCUACCAAUAUGCUUUUCAACAUAUCAGUGCUCAAUCUAUUGAAAGUAUCCUCUGCCGUUGUUGCAUCUCUCGCUAUAAUAUUGUCAGUGCCUAUUUCGAUUUACAUUCUCUCCCUUCCAUUGCCGUAUCUCCCUGACGGUGCAAGCUUAAGCCCCUUUUUCCUGUUUGGUAGCUUAAUUCUCAUGUUGGGUCUGGUUCUGUAUAACAUUGGGCAAGCUGUGAUUGAAGGCUCAAAAAGAGAUUGAUGGACAUCAGAUAUUUCCAUAGAAAACCGAUUCAAUUGUAAAUACUACGAUUCAUUGUGCUAAAAUGCUACCCUAGCUCUUUUUUUUCCCACUCAAAGGACAGUCUUCAGAAAGUGAAAGUGCCAAGACAUUGUAAAGAAUAAUCUUGCUCAUACACGGUAGAAUCCCAUGGCCUUGAGGCCUUAAUCUUUUCACACAAAAUUACUAGUAUACAAUAAUGAUUAUUUUCUCCUUGAGAUGCUGCCUUCAGUUCAAUUAAAAUUAAACUAAAUCUUUUUACCUGAAACCGGUACCCUCUUUCUAUUAACUAUUCCAAUCAUUCUCUCUUUUACAGACUACAGCUUCAAAUCCUCGACUCUCCCUAUAUUCUAAACAGAAAACUAUAAAGCAAAAUUGCCAUGUACAUCCAGUUUGUUGCCAUUUAAUGUUUCC